AUGUCUGGAGCCAUGGAAAAGAUCAAGGCCAAGGUCGAGGGCGUCCUCCACAAGGAUAAGACCCACGAUGACCCCACUGGUCCUCACUCUUCCCACUCUGCCAACCAGGCCGACCCUCGCGUCGACUCCGACCACAUUGGCACAGCAGGUAACCAUGGCUCUGCUGCUCAUGGCACCACGGGCACCCACGGCACCCACGGCACCACGGGCGGCUUGACUGGCUCGGGCGUUGGCAGCAACACCUACGGCUCGGACCCCACUGGUCCCCACGAAUCCCGCAUGGGCAACAAGGCUGACCCCCGCGUUGACUCUGACACGUAUGGCGCCGCUGGCAACAUGGGCACUGCUUCUCACGGCACCCAUGGCACCCACGGCACUACCAGUGGCUUGACUGGCACGACUGGCUCAGGCAUUGGCAGCAACACCUACGGCUCAGACCCUACUGGCCCCCACGACUCUCACCUCGGCAACAGGGCCGACCCGCGUGUCGACUCUGACCGCGUUGGUGGAUUCGGCAACACUGCCGGCACUGGAGGUCACUCUUCAGGCUUGACGGGCACUGGUCACUCAGGCUCAGGCUUGACUGGCAACACCACCCACGGUACGACCGGCGGCCUUGGAGGUAACACCUACUCUCAAGGCACCACUGGCUCCGGCCUCACGGGCAGCAACACCUACGGCUCAGACCCGACUGGUCCUCAUGACUCUCACAUGGCCAACAGGGCCGACCCCCGCGUCGACUCGUCUGUCCCUGGAGCUUACGGCAACACUGCUGGAGGUCGCACCGGCGCCUACGGCUCCGACCCCACCGGGCCUCACGACUCUCGCCUUGGAAACACGGCUGACCCUCGCGUCGACUCUUCCACCACUGGUGGAUACGGCAACACCCACUCCACUGGCGGCUACGGCGCUGGCUCCAACACCCACUCUGGCGUCGGCGGUGUCGGCAGCGGUCACGGUGCUGGCGGCCUCUCGAGCGGACCUGGUCCUGCCGAGAACACUGCUGGACCUCACAAGAGCGACAUGCUCAACAAGGCCGAUCCCCGUGUCGACAGCGAUCUUGAUGGAUCCAAGACCUACGGCGGCAACAAGACGAGCGGCUACUAG